AUGCCAAAGACACCAUCUAAACAGCGAAAGGGCUCACUGCGCCCUUGUGGGCACCCGGAAUGCGGCCACUAUUCCUGCCUGCGAACACCAUCCUCAAGAGGAGACGCCGGUCCCUCUUCAACAGCUCCCAGUGGUCGGUACAUCACGAGCCCCAAAAGCUCGCCUCCUCCCUUUCCUCCCUCGUCUUCUUCUGGCCAAACAGGCCGUGUAACUCGCAGCAUGUCUGGUCGCCAGCAGCUGCUUCUUCCUUCUCCGCCAGUGGUCACUAGUAACAACGAAGACAGCACUGUCCUCCCUGCUCCUCUUGCUGGCCAAGCAGGCCGUGUAACUCGCAGCAUGUCUGGUCGCCAGCAGUUGCUUCCUCUUCUUCUGCCAGUAAGCGCAGUUAACAAUGAAGAUGCCACCAUCAUUCCCGCUUCUUUUCCCGGUGGGGCGACCAAUGAAAAGUCAUCUCAAGUUCCAGUCUUCCCUCCCACACUAGAGGGAGUGGAGCGUCGCUGGGUCCACCAGAACGCCCUCAGCAACCAACCUUUGAACGAGAAGCUCAAGAAGGUCCUCUCAUACAUAAUCAUCCACGUCGUCAAAGGUGCAGCCAAGGACCGAUACGUCCGCUGGGAGAUCACUAACCCAAAGUUCUGGUCUGCUCUUCAGCUGCAAGACCCUGCUGCCUCUGCCCUGGCAUCCGCUCCAAAGGAGAGGAUCAAGGAUGUCUUCGUGGAGAUCACUUGUGGGGGUCCUUUUGACAUAUUCUUGAGCCGGCUCUCAAAUGAUCGCAGGCGGGUUUCUGGCCUCUUCGUCCAAUUGUAUGGCGAUGAGAACGAGGUCCCUUGCCGCUCUUGUACUAAGCGCCUGGUUGGCUCUGAAACUGGUGGCCAUUGUGGUAUGUGGCCCAUGUUCGGCUGUCGAUCGAUCCCCGGGGCCUUCGGCAAUGCGUGUGGUAACUGCGUAGCCAUGGUCGAGGGUGAGAAGUGUACUUUUCGUGAUGAAAAGUAUGACCAUCUCCGUGCCUCUUCAAAGAGGGAUCCUCCUCUUGUGAGCGACCUCUCUGCUUCCAAUUCCCCUACAGUCAUGCUCUUUAACCUGUAUGCAUUCAAACGACUCUACAGUCGGUACAAAGAACAUAUCGCCCAGGCUGGUGGCAACGAACGAGGGGCUCAGAGAGCCAAAGGAAAUUCUGGUGGGCAGGGCAAGGUGUUCUGGGGAUGA